AUGAUCUGUUUCCUGCUGGGCAGUGCCCUGACUUAUUUACUCCUCAUGGCCGUCUACCGGCUUCGACUGCAUCCUCUGAGUAAAUUCCCCGGGCCGCGCUUGGCUGCCAUGACGGGGUUGUAUGAGGUCUACUUUGCCGCAUGGGGAAACCAGUCCUUUGAAACCGAGAUUCACAACAUGCACCAGCAGUACGGCCCGGUCGUCCGCAUCAGUCCCGACGAAAUCCACGUCGAAGAGCAGUUCCGCGACGUGGGUUACGCCGAUUGCUGGAUCAAAGGAACCCGUAGAGUAGACGCUGGUCGCCGCUCCAGACGCGACUCUCGGCCACUCACUAUGCGGGAACGCUCGCUGUUCAGAGUGCGCUCGUUGAUCCAGGUGGAGGUCCAGCAUCUCCUCAAGGGUCUGGCGCAGCAACACCAAGUACAUCGAGGACGCAGCUCGAGGCUUCGACCGCUGCUUCAAGUGCCGUAUCACAGAGAGAUAGUUCCACGGCCAGUGAAGAACAGCAGACCAGAGAACGGGACCCAUCUCAAUGCCUUGCGGAAACCCAAGCGCCGAUGUAUUUCCAAACAGCUUUCAAUUCGACCUGCGGACUUGAGGAAUGCUCGACUCCAAAACCCGCGGCCGGUUGAUGGACGUGCCUUCCAUGCGACUGUGCAGAUGGGUCGGCGAGGUCUGCCAUGCUGA